UUUCGGGAGUUCAAUUGCUUCGUACUCAAGCUCGUCAAUGGUGAACUCUGUUGGCGGCCUUUACCGAUUGCCCUCUGCAACUAAUGGAGAAGACCAAAUCAGCACCAAAAGAUAUAUCGUCUGCCAUAGAACUUCUACAGAUUCGUCCGCCUCGGAAUUCGGUGGCUUCCUCGGCUUCGAUUACUCCUCUAUCUUUACCAUUUGGUAAGAAGAAGCCUCAAAGGCUAGUCAGUUUGUGUAUUGGUGUCCUUGGUCAACAUUUAGAGGAUAUCAUUUCAGACAUAUCGGAGAUUGCUUCAGAAUUUCCUGCUGGUAUCAAGUUGGUGCUGUUGGCAAUUGCAAGAAGGAGACAAUUACUGAAUGACAAUGUACUGCUGGCGCUAGCUGAAAAUUUAUGGGAGACUUUAGACUUAUCUGGUUCUGAUGUUACUGAUAUUGGCUUGUUAAAAGUAUCUCAGAUAUGCACUAAUUUGCGAGCUGUUGAUAUAAGUUUUUUGUGCAGCCGGUGCGACAAAAUUACUGUAGCAGGUGUAACAUAUCUCUUUGAUCACUGUCGUUCCUUAGCAACAUUGAGAUGCGGAGGAAGCCCAAGAAGUGAAUUUACUGCACGUAGAUGCUUGAGUAUCUUGAAACCUAAAUUAGAUAAUGUGGAUGGAGAGUCAUGGGAGGAGCUGGAGAGCAUGGAUAUUGGCAAUGGCGCUCAAUCACUGCGCUGGCUUGUAUGGCCUAAGAUUGACGAGGAUUCGAAAAUAAUCUUGGCAACUGAAUGCCCUCGCAUCUGCGUCAAUCCGCAAGCAUCUAUCGGUUUUCGUGGCGUUCGAGUUCCUGUCGAAGCCAUGCAGUCUGUGACACUUGAUCAUGUUGUUGUGGAGGACAUUGAUCCCAAAACAUGGGCUGUUUCAGGCAUUAGCCAUGCUCAAAGAACUCCGAUUGCAUCCGCGGAAGACGCGGCGUUGGAGAUGAGCAUUGCGGAGAAGUUCAGAUUGGCAUUCAUAGAGAGGGAUGCCAAGUUGGCUCCCAAGAGAGCAAAGAAUGCAAGGCAGCAUAGGAGAAGGGCGGAAAAGGAGCUCUUGAUGAGCAGCACAAGCGCUAAGUCUGUUGCUCUGGCCUCUCAAGCAGGUAAGUUCCUACAUAACAGAAGCUAAUGAUAAAUGUGCCAGAGAUUGUAUUAGUAUGUGCUAUGUGAAAUAAAUAUUUUGUGUGGACUGGCCUGUGCAAGUAAGUUGUGUGGAAUACAUAUUUUUAUUUUUUUGCAAAAAAAACCUGUAUUUGUUCUAUUUUAAUGAUGUCAUGAUGUUAUGUACAUUUUAUAUUA